AUGCACGCAUGGAGGCUGUAUCUACUUACGAGUCAGGCCGUGCGCUACCUUCGCGUGUACGACCCGGUCGACGCAAGCAUGACGGUCGCUGCUCUCGGAGAGCUGGACUGCCGGUUGUCAGUUUCCACGACGACCUUUUUCUUGAGUCUUGCACCUUCGUUACCGCACUAUGACUCGACGCAGCUGACGCGAGUCUUCGCGGGGUUAUCAAGACUACGUGUGGCGCACUACAUGAUCACCGCAUACAUCCUUAAGUUGUUUCUCUCCUCGCUGACGCGGGACUGCGGUAGCGCAACGGCAUCUACCUCGCCGGUGAACGGAGGAAGUCGGCCAAGAUGCGCUGCUGCCGAGCAGCUGGCCGCGGUUGCGGGUAUGGUGCACAUUCUACAGCUGCAUCAUACUCAACGAACGACGCGCGCCUUUCUUGCCGCGGAGGAGAGGGCCCUGGCCCCACUCAUGGCCUCCUGUGGAGACGCAUGCAGCGUUUUGGGGCGCCGCGGACAGAAAGACGGCGAGGCCUGCGUCACCUCACCCGCUUCUGCGCGGCUGAUGGCGGUGCAGGUGCUCUUCCUCCUCGAGGUGUACGUGAAUGCGCGCGUGCGCGUGACAGCGCCGCAUACACCGCUGUGGUUGCUGAACAUGGUUUUUCAUGCUCCGUGGACCUCCUUUACGCUGUCUGAGCUGCUGCACGUGUAUAGCCGACUCUUUCCAGGUGCCAGCGCUCACCGACCGGCGGGGUGCGCUGCAGACUUCUCUGCCACAUUUCUGAUCCAGGAGUUGCUCACCGAGAAUAUCCUCUACCGUGCCGGGGGUGCAGAAAGGGAGGGCGGUACACGCUGCCGAUGUGCACCACCUGCGGCUGGAGCAGAAGACGCUGCUGUCGGCGUUUCGCUCCGCAGCAGUGACUUUUCGGUGGCGGUACAGAGCAGAUGCCGCGUGUGGAGAAGACGGUCGCCAGGGGAGCAGUACGCCCUACUGCGCUGCACCGUCUGGCGUCUUGCACAACAUCCGACGGAGAGAGCGCGAGACGCAGAGGCCUGUGAGCUGCUGCGCUUUCUAACACCCGCUCUGUUUUGCCAACUGUCGGCGGAGUUCGGCGGUCGAAUGCGCGGCUCUGCGCUGCGGUGGUGGAUGAAGGUGCUCCCUAGAUCUGCCGUGGAGAGAUGUGGCGUGAUGGACUCAAGGGAGAGUGACGCACUUCGCGAAGGCGCAGUUGGCGAGGCCGUUCAGAUUUGCAUUGCCCUCCUGCAGCUGCUUUAUACCCAGCACGUCGCUGCUGGAGAGGAGGCGAGCUCUUCGGCGCGUUCUGCGGUCGCGUGUCAUACAGAGGAUUCCGCCGGUACUAGACAAGGUGCUGGAGUGCUCGUUUCGGUGCAGCGGCUCGUCGCCUGCCUGCGCACGGUGGCCUCGCUAGUCCCCAAUCACAUGGGGGAUGAGAGGGAGUGGGAGCUGCUAGCUCUGCUACUUGACGUGCACGUUCCCUCCUCCUGCACUACUACUGGCGGCACUUUUACACAUUGGCUGGAGACGGAGGCGCAUCAGAGCGGCGAUGCGUCGCACAUGUGGCGAUGUCUGUCGGUGGCAACGGAAGCCGCGCGGGAUGUGCUGAUGGCACGAUGGUGUCACUUCUGGACCCACCACAGAAGUGCGAACAGGUUUGGGAACCCUAUGGCGAAGAGCAAGUGCCGAUCGGCGACCCUCGCGCGUGCUACGGAGGACGACGGCGUGACGCAUCUUGGCAAACUCGCUGAGGAUGCGUUGCUGUUGCACUGGUGCAUCGCUAACCUGGUGAAUGAGUGGCUGCAGCGCAGUCACCGAGCCAGUCAACUAUGUGGAUGUCCGACGCCGCCUCCUGCUCAUCUCACUUCACCAAGGUUUUCCUUUCAGCAGAUAUGGCGAGAGAUGCUUGCAGAGACGGUGGCGGAACUUGACGAUUCUCACCAGAGAGUAGCCGCCGGUGUGUCGCCAUACCCCUUCAUGAAGUUGGAGACGGAUCUUCUCGUGAUCAUGGCGGAGUCGCUCGACCCGAACAGGACGGCGCGGGUGCGGAGUGAUGAUGCACAGCCGGCGCCUCUUCUAGGGUCCUUGGCCGACGCAAUUGGCCAGUCUGCGCUACCGGAGGCUCUCUGCGCUGCACUGGAGCAGGCGCAAGCGCACAGCACCGACGCGCCCAGUAGGACCGUCCCCUCGUACGCGGAAGCAAGAGUGCAGCGGGAGCGGUGGCGGCGCCGUAUGUGGUGGGCGGCGAGCACCUCUGCUCCUGGCACGUCGAUGUCGCUGCAGGCUGCGCAGGUGAUGCUUCUCAACGCGUUGUUCCCCCCGAGUGCAAACGGUUGCACGUGCGCCUCAGCAGCUCUCGUCUCGCUGCGGGGGUUGUCGGUGCAGUGGCCGUACCGCAUGCUAGCAGUGUGUCUACGCAGUUCUGCCCCUCUGCAGCAGCCCGGAGUGACCCACCAUGCAGCAGCGGAGGGCUGUGGGAGCGAGUGGCGCGCGCGCAUCCCACCGUGGGAGAGGAAAGACAUCCGCGAUCUCGACGCUGAGCACCACGCGCUCGGAUCACUUACGCCGUGCGACAGUGCAAACUUUACAGAGGACCCACGAACACCGGCAAUCGACGAGCCGUCGUCGACACAGCGGUCGCUCUUUGUGUGCGCCAAAGGCCUCUCCAACACGCUUAUGUGUAACAUCGAGUCUCUCGUCGCGUGGCAGCAGCGCUGUGGCGUGUUACCGGCGAACACGUUGCGUGGCAGAGGUGAGGAUGGGAGGUUCUUGCCGCCUGACCUGUGUGGCGCGAUAGCAACGCCCUACCGCAUGUGGUACCGCGACGAUACACCGAUAACUCUCGUCAGAGAACCUGUUUUAGCGCCCAGGCCGUUCGAAAACCCUAUCGGGGGCGUCGUCGCGAGUGACUUUGCUGAAAGCGUGCCAGGAGCGGCCUCCGCACAUGGCACAGACGUGCUUGUGCCACUGUGUGAGACGGUGGCGUUGCUGACAAGAGCAGCGAUGCCGCUGAACGCGAGUUGUGCAUCUCUUUUGGCACUGCCUCCUACACGGUCUUCACCGUGCUGGACAUCUUGCACCGACAGCGCUGCAUCGUCGUCACUGUUCACGCCUCUAUCCCCGUUGCGGCCCUUUGCUGCUACCGAGGCCCUCUACGCUGAGCUGUGUUUUCGCUUCUGGGAGUGCUGUCAGCGCCUGGCGGAAGCUCUCCUCCCCCUGUGCGCGGUGUCGAGAACUGACUCGCGUGACUACGAAGAGGUAUCUACCUCUGCCACAGCGGCGGAAGCUCUAGCGAUUGCCGGCGCGGUGGAGUGGCGCCUCUUCAGCCGCUACGUCAGUGACGCAUCACCGCCGGCGGAGCCAUUCUGUGACACGUAUGCGCUCGCUGCUGCCCAGGGCCGGGCAUCGGCACUGCUCCUGCCGCUGAUGUGGCGGUGUGUGCACUGCUGCGUCGCGGGGCCGAGCCCGGCGACCUCACGGAUAAGCAAGUGUCAUCGGCCGAUUCGGGGGGUCCUAUUAGACGUGUGGCGUCUCCAUCUGUUUGCAACUCACUUGUGCGGUAAGCUACCCCUACCUGCCAGGUGCGAGCGGGCUCAGGAGCGUCUGUGGUGGUGCUUGCAGGCUGCGCUCUCAGACGCUCUACCUGUGGAGCAACGCGUGUCUCUGCGUGAUGAGCCGUCUGUGGGGUCAGAAGACCAAGCCGCAUUGGAGCUGGCCAUGUGUGAUCUGAAGGCAAGCUUACGCGAGCGGCACUGGUUCGACAGCACCACGGAAACCACAGAGCGUCCGCUCACCUUCCUGCGCGACACCGUCAUCUCAAUGUGUGAUGGCCUCGGCGCAGCACCGGUGGUGAGUCGUGAUGGAGACACAGCAGUGACCUCACCGAUGGACACCUACGUGCAGCGACUUCUCCCCUCCCAUCCGUUUGUGCUCGCUGGCCCCACCCGCGUGCGCACGCAUCUCCUGUGCGGCGUGCGACUUGUCGUCUUGACAUGGAUGCACAUCCUCCUGCUCGAGAGUAUCGCAGCGUAUCACCCGCGGAUCUUCUCGCACGAGUGCACACAGCAGCUGAGCUGGGUGCAGACGCGCAUAAGGGCAUACGAGCAAGGGCUCUACCAUGCAAUACUUCCCACAGCACCCUCCUGCAACCACGGCGUUGCACACUCCACGGGAUCGUCAACAAGAGCGGCGUCGAGGCGUCGCGGCCUGCUUGCCGAAUGCCUCAUCCGAGAGCUCGAUGCUGCCGUAUCUGAGCUGAUGACAUGGUCGAGAGGGCCUCCUUGUAUCUCCGCCCCAUGA